UCCCUAUGUCACGUGAGACCGUUUCUUAUCCUGUCACCGCACGCAUCGCGGGUGUGUUCAGCGCGUAGUGCUGGAAAUACCCUCAUUCUGCCAUUUAAAGAGGGUCUUACAAGACGUUGAGUCGUGACAACAGAACUACAAUAUGUAGAUUCUAAGGACACGGAGAACGGUGGCGAUUCUGUGCUGCAAAGUUAAAUGGGAAAUCUGAUGGGCAGUUGGCGUUACAAGGAGCCGAGCACUGUGGAGGAAUGCGACUCUACAUGGGGGUCGGAUUCAGAGAGCGACGAGCAACCGGGAGACAACGACAGCGGGAUUUCGGAUUCCGUCAGCCCGACGGAUACGGGGAAAUGCGCCGAUCCAACGGACAUAUCCCCUCAGCUGUCAGGAUCUCCUGCCACCAAGAUGAAGAGAAGCUUUUAUGCUGCGAGAGAUCUCUACAAAUAUCGUCACAGCUACCCGAACUACAAGGAGUCUCGGCAAACCAACGAUUAUCGCAACCUCCGCUUCUACCUGAACAAGAUUCCCCUGGUUCCAGAUGGUGUCUACAUAGAGGAGAUCCUGAACACCUGGAGGGGAGAUUAUGAGAAACUGGAGCACAAUCACACCUAUAUCCAGUGGCUGUUCCCGUUAAGAGAACAAGGGCUUAACUUCUACGCUCAGGAGCUGACACAGGAGGAGAUAAAGGAGUUCCAGAGCACCCGCGAGGCCAAGCGCAGGUUCCUCCAGGUGUACUCCCUCAUGCUGGACUUCUACGGGAUCAAGCUGCUGGAUAAGAGCGGGAACGUAGCGAGAGCUUCCAACUGGAAGGAACGCUUCCAGCACCUCAAUGAAUCCCAGCACAACUACCUCCGCAUCACGCGUAUCCUCAAGUCCCUGGGUGAGCUGGGCUUCGAGUCCUUCAAGCGUCCGCUGGUGCGCCUCCUGCUGGAGGAGUCUCUGUGCCACGCCACCUUACCCAGCAUGCAACACAGCGCCCUGGAGUACUACGUUUACACCGUCCGCCUCCCCGCCGACCGCCGUCGCCUGCUGCGCUACGCUCGCCAGCACUACCGCCCCGCCCAUGCCUUCCUCUGGGGUCCACCGCCCAGGAGGCCAGGGGCUGGGGGAGGGGGCGGGGCCAGGGCGGAGCCCACCCCGGAGAAGGAGAGGAAGGGGCGGGAGCAUAACCCUCUCCCACGAGGACGCAGGCCAAUGGGGAAGCAGGACUCGGUGGAGAGCGGGGCGGGAGGAAGAGGCGGGGCCAGAACCUCCAGGGAGGGGUCUACUGAGAGGGGGAGGGGCCCAGAAAGGGGAGGGGAGUACGUUGAGACUGUACCACUGUAGAACAUGAAGGGCUUUAAAUGAUUUAGUCUCUGGUAGGAGAGAGAUAUGUUGAGAAGUGGGGGAUGGGAGAGUAGGGAUGGGAGUGGGGUAUUCACUGUAGCAAUAUUAUCUUAUACUGUCUUUUAUUUGCCUUUAUGGACUAAAAUCUGUGUUUAGUAGCAGGCACAAUCUGAAACUGUAUUCUAAUCUGUGAUUACUCCCUGUUCACUCCUACAUUAUUCCUCUUUUUAUAUAUAUAGAUAGCGUGCACUCAGCUAUGAUCAUACAGUCUCCUCUGACCAGGCUGGGUGCCUUAGGUAGGGGCGUAGAGCAACACAACACUGGUUUUAUGAUAGAAACAAGUGAUAUGAUUGGAUGAUUGGAGUGAGACACAGGUGCGUGUAUAAGAUGGUUUCUGGAUGGAAUCUUGCUCCUCUGACAAUCCUUGUCUUCCUGAGUGAGAUGCUGGAUAGUGACUGUUCUCCAGGUUAGACAGCCCUGGGAGAGGUGAUAUCCAACCCUGUAUCAGAGGUUAGGGUUUGAAAAGUUUCAUGAAAAUGACUUCCUGGUUGCUUCCUGAACUGAUCUUCCUAUUGGCUGUUGAACCUUGUAAUUGAGGGGAUUGGCUACCAAUUUGCGUAUAGUUUUUAACUCGCACUAGUCAGGCAAUUCUGAAAUAAUUGUAAAGAGUUUUUCAGGUAUGAUGUGUGUGAUGAAAUGGAUGGUAGGAUGUAUGUGUGUGUUUGCAUAGUGUGUCUAUGUAUGGAUGGGGUGUGCAUGUGUGCGUAGUGUUUAUUAAGUGCCUAUUUUUCUAUCUGUUACUUAUUUGCAGUUUGAAAUAUGUGUCUUCAACAACUUUGUAGUGGUUUUGUACUGCAGUUGAUACCCAGUACCUUGAACAACAAAUAAUCCCAGAAUUCCUUUUGGCUCGAGUAGCAUUUCAGUUCUGAGUGCUCCAGAAUGUGGGAGUAGUUUGUAGCAUCAUUACUUGAAUCCAAAAUGCAGAUGACAUGAAAAGGCCUAUACAGUAAAACGGUAUGUUUUCUAUUAAAUAGAGAAGAUGUGAAAUUGUA